GAUUUUUGUCUAUUUUGAUUUUGCAGAUCUCCAGCGGACAUCAAACCCACCCUUUUCUUGUAGUUGUAUUCUCUCUACUCUGGAUUGCCUCAUCUGCUGUGGUCCUGAAACAUGGAGAGAAUCCACUGUGUCACUGAAGGCUGACCAGAAGGAAUGAGGCACUCCAGGAGAUGUUCCCAAGUGGCCUUGUGGAUGCAGUAGCUACGCUUCAUAGUGCGUUUUUAUGACUAGUAUUGUAUGUGUGUCUGUGGGCACAUCCUAGCACAACCUGCCUAUUCCUCAGGCAGGGGUAUGCUACUCUGAGACUGGAACCGGAGAAACACCCAAGAAAGGAGGCCUUUCUCUGCUAAACCAGGAACAUAAAGCAAAAUCUGAAGUACCCAGCAGAAGAGCUGUCUGAUCAACAUUCGGGACACUCAUUUAAGUGUCUUCUGAACCAUUUUAACAGCAGCACCUCUCCUCUGUCUUGUGAGAUUUGACCCACCCCCCUCCUUAAAGCCUCCUCGGUCGCUGCUAUUGGAGUUUCUAUGGUUUGCAUGGCUGGAGAAUAACCGUGGAGAGGCCAGGGUAUCACAAGCUUAUGGAUUUUGACAAGAGAGGGGGCAAGGGAGAGACAGAGGAAGGGAAAAAGAUGUCUAAGACAGCAGGCAGCAGGACUGGACAUGGGGGCCGGAGUUCAGGGACCAAUUCUGGAGUUCUUAUGGUUGGCCCAAACUUCCGUGUGGGUAAAAAAAUCGGCUGCGGGAACUUUGGAGAGCUCCGGUUGGGGAAAAAUCUCUAUACUAACGAAUACGUGGCCAUCAAAUUGGAACCUAUAAAGUCCAGGGCGCCACAGCUCCAUUUGGAAUAUAGAUUUUACAAACAGUUGGGAAAUUCAGAGGGAAUCCCUCAGGUGUACUACUUUGGUCCUUGCGGGAAAUACAAUGCCAUGGUUCUGGAGCUGCUCGGGCCUAGUCUAGAGGACCUGUUUGACCUCUGUGACCGCACCUUCUCCCUCAAGACCGUCCUCAUGAUAGCCAUACAGCUGAUAACACGGAUGGAGUACGUCCACACCAAAAGUCUGAUAUACAGAGAUGUGAAGCCAGAAAACUUCCUGGUCGGGCGACCAGGGAGCAAGAGGCAGCACACCAUCCACAUCAUUGACUUUGGUCUGGCCAAAGAGUACAUAGACCCCGAGACCAAAAAACAUAUCCCCUACCGGGAGCACAAGAGUCUGACUGGGACAGCACGCUACAUGAGCAUCAACACACACUUGGGAAAAGAGCAAAGCAGAAGGGAUGAUUUGGAGGCGCUGGGUCACAUGUUCAUGUACUUCCUCCGAGGCAGCCUCCCCUGGCAAGGCCUAAAGGCGGACACUUUGAAGGAGAGGUAUCAGAAAAUUGGGGACACCAAACGGGCCACACCCAUUGAAGUGCUUUGUGAAAGCUUCCCUGAAGAGAUGGCCACCUACCUGCGCUAUGUAAGGAGGCUGGACUUCUUUGAGAAGCCCGACUAUGACUACUUGAGGAAGCUCUUCACCGAUCUGUUUGACAGGAACGGCUAUGUCUUUGACUAUGAAUACGACUGGGUCGGCAAAUCACUUCCCACACCUAUAGGCCCCAUCCCCAGUGACACACCCCUGCAGCCCAGCAGCAGAGACAAAGCACAACAGCAGACCAAAAACCAGUCGCCUGAGCCCAAAGGAAGUGAGUCUCAGCCCACUCCAGUGACCAAUAAGGAGACUCUGGGGUCGCACCUCACAGCUGAGAGGCUGGGGGGCUCUGUUCAGGUGAUGAGUUCAACAAAUGGCGAGCUGAACACUGAUGAUCCUACAGCCGGACACUCCAACGCUCCCAUCACAGCACCCACCGAGGUUGAAGUGGCUGACGAAACCAAGUGCUGUUGUUUCUUCAAGAGAAGAAAGAGGAAAGCCUUGCAACGACACAAGUGAAAGAAGAGAACGGAGAGAACUUGAAACAUUGUGGUCACUGUCAAGUUUUAAAUGGAAGCAACUACACAGACCCCAAUCCCUGUUCCUUAUCUCUUUCCAGCUCCCCACCCCCCCCUCACCUCUUUAUCCCUCUCACCUCAUUUCUCCCUGUCACUCUGUACCCCUCCUCCCUUCGCGCUCUCUCUUUCUUGUUCUCAGAGCUCCCCGGCUUCUGGCGAGCUAAAGGAAUGUUGCAGUCCUACUGACUCCACAACAGACUCUUGAUUCCUUUAUCGACGAAAUAUACGUACCUGCAUUACAACGGGGGGCUUGAGACAAAGUAAAAAAAGCUGUAACAAUGAAACUCGAAUCUGUGGCGUGAAUAUGAAAAAAGAUGCUGUUUGAAACAGUUGUUGUAUUGAUUUAGAUUCCAUAAAGAUUGCAUAUUGUUCCAACAGUCAGCUGUUGAUCAGGGGGAACCACAAGUGGUUUGAGUGAAAGAAAACUGCUCAUUAGGAAAUUGUUUUAUUUUUUUUCUUUCUUUCUUCCUUUGGUGUGUGUUUUGGGAUCAAGGUGAAGAGGAAAAGGUGAAGUAUGCCGAUGAUAAAUCUGAGAGACACAGGAAGCAUUUCAUCUAUAAAACAGAAUUGGAGGACUUUUAUGUUUUAUUUUCUUCUUCUUUUGUAAUGGAAUCCUCAGUUUUCAAAGUUGAAUCCCUGCAUUGAAAACUUAUUUUUAUGUUGUAGUGUUCUGGAGCUUGAUUCUUUUCCUCACUCUGGCUUUGUUUUUGUCUGUCGACGUGGACUUUGUAGCACAGUCACUGGCCUCAGGUACUGUGGACGAUUGAGAGAAACAGAUAUCAAAUUCUCUUAUUGUUAUUGCACUUUUGGAAACAAAAAAAAAAAAAGAGAAAAAUAUGACAGUGGAAAAAAAAAAACUUUAGGUUUGAAAUUAACAAUUAAGAAAACAACUAAAUAAAGACUGAUCUAGGAAGAGUCCUUCAUAACGCUUAUAUCUGAAUUAUGGCCGCAAAAUGUUGUCGAUUUACAUGAAGAAAAAAAGAUAUGUCUUUCAAUUUUUAUUUCUUACAUCAAAAAUAAUUUACCAGGAAAUCAUAGUUUGUGCCUUUCUAAGUAAAAUGUUUAAAGCUCAA